GCGCGCGGCCUCGCGUUGCUAUGUACACCGCGACCUCGUUGCUAGGGUGAACUUGACAGUUGUUUGUACUCGGGAACGCAACGAGUUUGACAGCUCGCUUCGAAUGCCACUUGCCGCGAUAAAGCACGGUACUCGCUUUCAUCCCGCAGCCGCGCGGAGCCGCGCGAAAUGACACUUUUGCUGUCUCACGAGAGUCCCAGUGAGAAAUGGAUUCGUCGAUCGAUGUCGAAACGAUUUGACGGUGUCGAUGUCGAUUCAACGUCGUUUCGACAUUGAUCGCGUGACCUUUUGGCUUCUAGUUUAAUAAACCACCUCGUUUGAUUAGGAAACUCUCGUCCCGUGCAGACAGCACUCACGCCCGAGGUCCGGUUUCACCAACGUUGUUUAACUUCAAGCUUAGCUUGAUUCCAUGUCAUGCUCCGUCGUGCUCCGUCAUCUCGCUAGCAAUGUUCUCGGGUAGCAAACUUGGACACGAUAUUUUUAUGGCAUUGUAGCUUCACUCCAGUCCUGCGAAAGUUGCCCAGGGUGGCUGACACGAACCGGCAAUGUUCGUCUAUCUGAGUAAGAAGAUCUCCAUACCGAACAACUUUCGGUUGAACUGCAUAGCAUGGAAUCAGAAGGACGGGUAUAUCGCCGUGGGAGGGGAAGACGGUCUCCUGAAGGUGCUGCGGGUGGACUCCAACGCCAGCGGCUCGCACAGUGGCGGCAAGUCCCGCGGCUUGGCCGCGGCGAGCAAUCUCAGCAUGAAUCAGCCUCUGGAGGGCCACAACGGGCACGUUCAGGUGGUCACGUGGAACGAGGAGCAUCAGAAGCUGACGUCAAGCGACCAGAACGGCGUCAUCAUCGUCUGGAUGCUGUACAAAGGCUCGUGGUACGAAGAGAUGAUAAACAAUCGCAACAAAUCCGUGGUGAGAGGCAUGGCGUGGAGCUGCGACGGGCAGAAGAUAUGCAUAGUCUACGAGGACGGGGCUGUGAUCGUCGGGUCCGUCGACGGCAACCGAAUCUGGGGUAAAGAGCUGAAGAACGUGUCGCUCUCCGCCGUGCAGUGGUCCCCGGACGGCAAGUUGCUUCUGUUCGGUCUGAAAAACGGAGAGCUUCAUCUCUACAACAAUCAAGGCGUGUUCCUGAUGAAAUUGAACAUUCCCUCGGCGAACACCUCCCUCUAUCAGACCAUAGUGGCGCUGCAGUGGUACGACGGGAGGAACGGCUACGUCGCCAUGGACUGUCCCACUCUGGCCAUUUGCUAUCGCAACGGUAGGAUACUGUUGAUGCGAGACACCAGCGACGACAAUCCGAUCAUGAUGGAAACCGGAGUGACCGCCUCGUGGUGCAACUGGAACAGUUGCGGCUCGCUCCUGGCGGUGACGGGCAUGAUGCCGUUGCUCAGUAACGGGGAGACGAAGGACAUGAACGUUAUACAGUUUUACACGCCGUUCGGCGAGCACAUGAGGACCCUGAAGGUACCAGGGCGGGAGGUGACGUGCUGCACCUGGGAGAAAGGCUCCCUCCGCGUCGCCUUGUCCGUCGACUCUCACAUAUACUUCGCGAACAUCCGCCUGGACUACAAGUGGACGUACUUCAGCAACACGGUCGUCUUCACCAACGAGAAGAUCGGCAAGGACGGCACCUGCGUGACAUUCUGGAACACGAGCAGCAACACGUGCUGCACCAAGUACGUGCGAUCCCUGAUAUCGAUAGCCUCGUACGGGGAGCACUGCGUGCUCUCCGUGAGGAACGACCCCGCUCAGGUCACCGAGCAAUUCGCCCUUCUCGUUUGCAACACCAUCGCCACGCCGAUAGACUCCAAGUUCCUGGAUCUGGAGCCGUUGCAUCUCACCAUGACCGCCAGCAUGGUCGUGGCCGCGUCCAAGAACAACUUCUUGGUGUGGAACUUCCGCGCGCCUCGCAACUCGAUGCUGCACCCGAGCAGGAUGCGCAAGUACAAGAUCUAUCACGUGGACGAGACGCCGACCGGCGUGACCGAGGUGAUCCAGGAUCUGGAUAAGGACGGCGCGUUCGAGACCCCCAUUAGCACCAAGGCCACCAUGGAUCCGAUCUGCUGUGUCUACGCCACCGAGAAGAUUCUCUUGAUCGGCCGGGACUCGGGAAUGAUUCAGCGGUACUCUCUGCCGCAGAUCACGCUCGUGAAUCGAUACAAUACCGCGUGCAGGCUGCACAAAAUUGCUAUUAAUUGCGACUCCACGCGCGUCUCCAUCCUGGACGCCAACGGUAUACUCACCAUGCUGGAUCUGGACUCGCCGAAGCCGCCUGAUUCGCGGGACGGGGACACGGGCGAUGAUAUAUCCAAGUUUGAGAGGAAGGACGUGUGGGCCAUGUGCUGGGCACGGGACAAUCCGUCGCUCCUGGCGAUCAUGGAGAAAACCAGGAUGUACGUUCUGAGGGGACUGGACCCCGAGGAGCCUAUAGCGUGCUCUGGAUACAUUUGUUCGUUCCAAGACCUGGAGAUACGCUGCGUUCUGCUGGACGAUCUCAUGCUGAUGUCCGACGACACGCGCAAGGACUUGAUCGUGGACUUGGAAGUGAAAUCUCUGAGAGACACGAGGGAGUUACUGGCCAAGGUGGGCCUGAGGGAGACCAAUAAUUUUAUCCAGGACAACCCGCAUCCGCGCCUCUGGCGUUUACUGGCCGAGUCGGCGUUGACGAAGCUGGACCUGGAAACCGCGGAGAACGCUAUGGUGCGCUGCACGGAUUACCUGGGUAUACAGUUUAUCAAGCGGCUGCAGAACGUGCACAACGAUCAGCUGAAGAAGGCCGAGGUCGCGGCGUUCCUCGGCAACUACGACGAGGCCGAGAAGCUCUACUUGGACAUGGACAGGCGGGACCUGGCGGUCGCGCUACGCCAGAAGCUGGGCGACUACUUUCGGGUGGUGCAGCUGAUGAAGAUGGGCAUCGGCGGCUCGGACAAGCAAAUGGAGCACGCGUACAACAAGAUCGGCGACCACUUUGCCGAGCGGCAGAACUGGGAGAGCGCGAGGGAGUACUACGAGAAGGGCAGAAAUUUGGAGAGACUCAUUCAGUGCUAUUACAAGCUGGAGGAUUUCAUUCAACUUGCGGCGACGGUGGAACAACUGCCGGACAAGAGUCCCAUCUUGAAGACCGUGGCGAGGAUGCUGGCUUCGGUGGGAAUGUGCCCGCAGGCGGUGGCGGCUUAUAUUAAGUACGGAGACGUCAAGCUCGCCGUGGAUACGUGCGUGCGUCUGAAUCACUGGGACCAGGCCGUCGAGCUGGCGAAGACUUACAAGAUGGCGCAGAUCGGCGAGCUGCUGAGCAAAUACGCCAAUCAUCUGUUGUCAAACGGCAAGCGUCUGCAGGCGAUCGAAUUGUACAAGAAAGCCAAUUAUAAUCUGGAAGCGGCUAAACUGUUGCUUCACCUCGCUGAGGAGCAAGCCAGGUCCAAGUCGCAUCCUCUGCGCGUGAAGAAGAUAUACGUUCUUGCGGCGCUGCUGAUCGAGGACCACAUUAACAGCGUUCCGGCGAUAAAGGGCGGCCGCAGCAACGUCGUCAUGGGUCUUACCGAGAACAACGAAGACACCAAGAUCAUCGAGAACGCCUGGCGGGGCGCCGAGGCGUAUCACUUCCUUCUGCUCGCGCAUAGACAGUUGUACGACGGCAGCUUCGAUGCCGCGAUGAAGACCGCACUGCGAUUGAGAGAUUACGAAGACAUACUGGAAGUAGAAGACGUCUAUUGCCUGUUGGCGCUCUCGAGCGCCGUUAAUCGCGCGUUCGCCACCUGCUCGAAAGCCUUCAUAAAAUUGGAAGGCCUCGAGACGGUCUCGGAGGCGAAGAGGGAGGAAUACGAGGAACUGGCGGUUGAUAUUUUCACGAAGCACACCCCGAAGGACUCACGCAACAACAAGGCGGAAUGCGUCAACUGCGAGACCCUGGUGCCCGACUGGUGCAUUACGUGCCCGAAUUGCUCGACCAGAUUCCCGGCCUGCAUCGUCUCGGGCAAACCGCUCAUGGACCUCAGCGUCGCGUGGAUCUGCACCGUUUGCCGACACCACGUCGCAGCGGAACGCGACGUUGUUAACAUAAACGCGUGCCCCUUGUGUCACAGCACCAUCACGUAUAUGUAGGCCAAAUCGAAUAAUUCAGCAAUCCGUUGAAUUUUUAUUUUACAUAGAUAUAUAUAUAUAUAUAUAUAUAUAUAUAUAUAUAUAUAUAGCGAGCUUUCGUAUUUUAAUAAUUGUGCAAUGAGGCGGAAGCAAUUCGGACGUUUUAGUUUUAUUACAUAAUUUUGAAAAACGAAAAAACAACUAUUACAUUGGUUGGUUUCCAUAAUCAGUAUACGAGUCAAGCGUCAAUUAAUUAUGAAAGAUAGUUUAAAACGAAUUAAAUAACAAAGUGCCGUAAUUUUCGUGCCUUAAUAUUGAAUAAUUAAUCCUGAAACGCCAACAGGAACCAUCGAACCUAGUGCAUUUUUAAAAAUACCAGGUUUUCCUUUUGUGCGCACUGAUAUAUUUUGACAAUUUCGUGUGUAAAUACAAUAGGAUUUUUAUCAGCUUCCAACCGAUAAGUACUCGUUUUAUUUUUAUACGGUUUAUUUUUCCCGCAUGACGAUGAUACCGUAUCUGAUAUCGUGUGCCAGAUUAACCGGCAAUAGGUUUUUAUUGAAAUAAAACAACAUAUGGAUCGAUGAAAAGUUCGAUAUGUCGGUUUACGUUAAAGCGAAUAUUUCUCGACUGAGUAGCAAAAUGCAAUCUAACGAGAAUAUAAUUCCAACGGUUUGCCAUUGCAUUUACAUUACCGACAUUGUGGCAAUGCGCACCUGCUAUUCCAUUCAGAACGUAACGAGUCUUUAACGAGUGGGAUCUCGUUAGUUUUAUCGUGCCUUUAAAGUUUAUGCAAGUGCGAAUACCAUUGUCGCGUAUUUUGAUAUCGUAAUAAUGCAGCCAGCGGGUUUGAUUUGAGUUUGAUAAUUGAUCUCUCGUUAUCGGAAUCUUUUAUCGUUUCUGUAUGACGUCAUCUCUUUUUGUUAACAAUGAUAUAAUACAAUGAUAUAAUCGUUUUUUUUGUUAAUUAUAAAUUUAUAUGAAAAUAUGAAUUAUAUUUUAUAUCGAGGUGGAAACUUCUUCAAUUUCUUGCAAAAUAUAUUUUAGAAAUAGCGAACAUACGAUUGUUCGUUUACAUAAUUUGAUAUAAUCUAAUUUGAUCAAAGUAUAACAUUUGAUAUAACAAUUUCUUACAACAAGAUGGAUGAUUUCUUUCAUCUUUUAAUAUAUCGUGAAAGAAUAAAAGCGUUUACGCUCUGAUUACUCUCAACCGUCCAUUAUAGAUUAGUUUUAAUCUGUAUUUAUGUUUUAUUUACAAAUAUAUUUAUAUAUAAAUAAUACUAGUUAUUAGUAAGAAAAAAGGAGAUAAAGAGAGGGAGACAAAGGCAACUAUAGAGCAGAAUGCUUUUCCGAAUGCAUCUAUUUACUUGUCUAUCUCGUUAUAAUUUAUACAUUUUUAAUAAAAUUCGUAUGGCUCAAAUGUGAUAAACACAAAUUUGAAGGAAUAAAAGACUAAGAGCCGUGACAGGGUGUUACAUUAUGUUACUGUCUAAACAUUUCAUAUUUCAUGAUUUAUUGCGAAAAAUAUUACCUCAGCCAGGGUU